AGGAGAGCGGAGCGGCGGCUGGGAGCGCAAGCCAUGGGCCCCAGUCUCCGCCGCACCAUCCGCGUCCUGCGCCCGAUGCUCUGCGCGAUCGCCUUGAUGGUGGCCCCUGGCGGUCGCUUCGCCUUCGCCUUCAAUCUGGACACCCGAUUCCUGGUGGUGAAGGAGGCCCGUAACCCGGGCAGCCUCUUCGGCUACUCGGUCGCCCUCCAUCGGCAGACGGAGCAGGAGCUGCGCUACCUGCUCCUGGUUGGUGCCCCCCGGGACCUCGCCAUGCCUGAUGGCUCUACCAACCGGACUGGUGCUGUGUACCUGUGCCCACUCACUGCCCACAAGGACGACUGUGAGAGGAUUGACAUCACAGAGAAAAGUGACCCUGACCGUCACAUAAUUGAGGACAUGUGGCUUGGUGUGACUGUGGCCAGCCAGGGCCCUGCAGGCAGAGUCCUGGUCUGCGCCCACCGCUACACCCAGGUGCUGUGGUCGGGGUCAGAGGACCAGCGGCGCAUGGUGGGCAAGUGCUAUGUGCGGGGCAACAACCUAGAGCUGGACUCCAAUGAUGACUGGCAGACAUACCACAACGAGAUGUGCAACAGCAACACUGACUACCUGGAGACUGGCAUGUGCCAGCUGGGCACCAGCGGUGGCUUCACCAAGAACACUGUGUACUUCGGUGCUCCCGGUGCCUACAACUGGAGAGGAAACAGCUACAUGAUUCAGCGGAAGGACUGGGAUUUAACCGAAUACGGUUACAAGGACCCGGGAGACCAAGGAAACCUCUAUAUUGGGUACACGGUGCAGGUGGGAAGCGCCAUCCUUCACCGUACAGACAUCACCAUUGUGGCAGGUGCCCCACGGCACCGACAUAUAGGCGCUGUCUUCUUGCUGAGCCAGGAGGGAGGUGGAUACCUGCGGAGGAGGCAGGUGCUGGAGGGCACACAGGUGGGCGCCUAUUUUGGCAGCGCCAUUGCCCUGGCAGACCUGAACAAUGAUGGGUGGCAGGACCUCCUGGUGGGUGCCCCCUACUACUUUGAGCGGAAGAAGGAGGUAGGGGGUGCCAUCUACGUCUUCAUGAACCAGGCAGGCACCUCCUUCCCUGCCCACCCUUCCCUCCUUCUUCAUGGCCCCAGUCGCUCUGCCUUUGGCUUCUCCGUGGCCAGCAUUGGUGACAUCAACCAGGAUGGAUUCCAGGACGUCGCUGUGGGAGCUCCAUUUGAGGGCUUGGGCGCAGUGUACAUCUACCACGGCAGCUCCAGGGCGCUCCUCCAACAGCCCCAGCAGGUAAUCCAUGGAGAGAACCUGGGACUACCUGGCUUGGCGUCCUUUGGCUACUCCCUGAGCGGAAAGAUGGACGUGGAUGAGAACUUCUACCCAGACCUGCUAGUAGGGAGCCUGUCAGACCGCAUCGUGCUGCUGCGGGCCAGGCCUGUCAUCAACAUCCUUCACAGGACCUUGGAGGCCAGGCCAUCUGUGCUGGACCCUGUGCUCUGCACAGCCACCUCCUGUGUGCAGGUGGAGCUGUGCUUUGCUUACCAACAGAGUGCUGGGAACCCCAACUACAAGCGAAACAUCACCCUGGCUUACACUCUGGAGGCCGACCGGGACCGCCGCCCACCCCGGCUUCGCUUUGUGCAGAGCCAGUCACCUGUGUUCCAUGGCUUCUUCUCCAUGCCUGAGAUGCGCUGCCAGAAGCUAGAGCUGGUCCUGAUGGACAACAUCCGUGACAAACUCCACCCCAUUGUGAUCUCCAUGAACUACUCUUUACCUUUGCGUUUCCCGGAGCGCCCCCGGCUGGGGCUGCGGUCCCUGGACGCCUACCCAAUCCUUAACCAGGCACAGGCUCUGGAGAACCACACUGAGGUCCAGUUCCAGAAGGAGUGCGGGCAGGACAACAAGUGCGACAGCAACUUGCAGAUGCAGGCAGCCUUCGUGUCGGAGCAGGGGCAGCAGAUGAGCAGGCUCCAGUACAGCAAAGACCUCAGGAAACUGCUCCUGAGCAUCAACGUGACCAACGCCCCAAGCAGGGAGCGGGCUGGGGAAGAUGCCCACGAGGCGCUGCUCACCCUGGCAGUUCCCCCGGCCCUGCUGCUGUCCUCAGUGCGCCCUCCUGGGGCUUGCCAGGCCAACGAGACCAUCCUUUGCGAGUUGGGCAAUCCCUUCAAACGGAACCAGAGGAUGGAGCUGCUCAUCGCCUUUGAGGUCAUUGGGGUGACCCUGCACACAAGGGAACUCCAGGCGCAGCUGCAGCUCUCCACGUCAAGUCACCAGGACAACCUGUGGCCCAUGACCCUGACUCUGCUGGUGGACUACACGCUCCAGGCCUCACUCAGCAUGGUGAGUCACCGGCUACAAAGCUACUUUGGAGGAGCAGUGAUGGGUGAGUCUGGCAUGAAAACUGUGGAGGACGUGGGAAGCCCUCUCAAGUAUGAGUUCCAGGUGGGCCCAAUGGGAGAAGGGCUGGCAUCCCUGGGGACCCUGGUCCUAGGGCUGGAAUGGCCCUAUGAAGUCGCCAAUGGCAAGUGGCUGCUGUACCCCACGGAGAUCGCCAUCCAAGGCAAUGGGUCCUGGCCCUGCCAACCACCAGGAGACCUUAUUAACCCUCUCAACCUCACUCUCUCCGUCCCUGAGGACAGACGGCCAUCUCCACAGCGCAGGCGGCGGCAGCUGGACCCAGGGGGAGGCCAGGGCCCCUCACCUGUUACUCUGGCUGCUGCCAAAAAAGCCAAGUCUGAGACCCAACUGAGCUGCGGCAGUGUCCACACCCACUGUGUGUGGCUGGAGUGCCCCAUUCCUGAUGCCCCCGUCAUCACCAACGUGACAGUGCGGGCUCGAGUGUGGAACAGCACCUUCAUUGAGGAUUACAAAGACUUUGACCGAGUCAGGGUAUCCAGCUGGGCCACCCUGUUCCUCCGAACCAGCGUCCCUACCAUCAACAUGGAGAACAAGACUGUGCCGUUCUCGGUGGACAUUGACUCUGAGCUGGUGGAGGAGAUGCCGGCCGAGAUCGAGCUGUGGCUGGUGAUUGUGUCUGUGACUGCCGGGCUGCUGCUGCUGGGGAUCAUCAUCCUCCUGCUGUGGAAGUGUGACUUCUUUAAGCGGACCCGCUAUUACCAGAUCAUGCCCAAGUACCACGCAGUGCGGAUCCGGGAGGAGGAACGCUACCCACCUCCAGGGGGGACGCUGCCCACCAAGAAGCACUGGGUGACCAGCUGGCAGACAUGGGAUCGAUACUACUGAUGUCCUCCCAGAUCCCACCCCUACGCCCCCAGUGUCCCCUUCUUCUGUUUGUCAUAAGUUAUGCCCCGACAGUCCACAGGGGCCACUGCCUUUGGCUGGCACCAGUAGGUUCCGGCAUUCACACCUCUUCAAGUACAUGCAUAUGCCAUCUGGCCACAGGCUUCUCCCUGCAGGAGGGCGGGGGCUGUGGGCCCUGCUAUGCCGAGCACGCCGCGGCCCUGUGUGUGGGGACACGUGUGGACAAAAGUGGGCCCCACUCUUUGUGGGCUGUGCUUGUGCACCACAGAUGGUGUGGACAUGCGUGUCCCCGCCUUUGCCUAUGCCAAAACCAAGCCAAAGGCCUCUGCCAGAGCCAGGAGGGAAAGGCCUCCAAAGUGGUGACACCUCCACCAUUUACACUGGACCCAUCUUGAGCCAUAGUCACUGGAUGGACUCUGCUCUCGAGAUAAAACUACUGACAAGGAAGAGCCCUCUAGGCCUCCAGCUGUAGUUCCUGGCACCCAUGCCAGAGCACAGGCGUAGGGGUCCUGCCUGAGUUUGUCCGAGUGGAUGUUUGCAGUACCUGGCACACUCAGACUCAAGAGCAGAAUGAACUAGAAGGAAGGUCCUCAGGAUGGCUUUGUUUCAUGGAUCGCUGCGAAACCUCUUUCCUCAGCCAAACAUGCACUAGUGGGGAAUGCAGCCUAAAGGAACAAAGACGGACAAACCGCUAGACAGCCAGGACACGCUGCACCGGGACCGCCCUGGGAGCACAGUGGAAUCCUCAGCAGAGGAGGGGACUGGUCCUGGGCCAAGAUGUUGGAAGGAUCCAGAAGAAAUGCCACUUCUCACCUACCACUAUCAUCCUGGCCUCUGAAGGGCCUGGAGAGAUCACAGAGGGAGCGACACUUGAAUGUAGGACAGGGAGGGAGCCCUGUCCCUGCCCUAUUGGCCAAACUCCACUCUUUCCCCACCGACCAUGGGUUAGAAGCCUAGACGUGGAGUUCUUGGCUGUCCUUGGCUUUCAUCACCAAUCGGCUCUGCCUUCUCCCCGUUGGGCAGAGUCCCCAGGCCCAUUCUAGAAGUUGAAGCUGGUUCCAGAAACCCUCUCCUGCCCGCUGCCUGCUGGCGGGCCCCCCACUCUUUCCACGGUACUGUAGCAGGGGAGCUCCCUCUCCCUCCUUGUGCCUUCUUUGUACAUAGGCUUCUCACAUCAACCAAUAAACAGCUCCC